AUGAAAUCAACUUUUGUGUUUUUAUUUAUUCUGAUAGUUUACAAUGUCAGAGCUCGUCCACAAGAUACUGUUGAUGUCAAUUCAAAUUCUUCCGGAUAUGGACUCAAUUUAAAUUCAUCGGAAUAUAACCGAGACGGCUUGCAAUAUUCGGGAAAUUUAGGACCAGUUCAAAUUGGUGGACAAUAUAAAAACGGUCGCUUUGGGCAGAGUUUUGGAUCACAAUUCUCAAAUGGUCGAUCGCCAGCAUCUCCAUUUUCGCAAUAUUCCAGAGAUUAUCGAUCACAAUAUCCAAAUUCUCAAUAUUCCGGAAGCUACGGAAACUACGAUUAUCCCAAUUCUCAAUAUUCUAAUGGAAUCAGAUCAGAAUAUUCUCAAGGGCGGUCGCCAUAUUCAACCUAUCCAGACUCACAAUAUUCUAAAAGUUAUGGACAAUAUUCAGAUUAUCCUAAUUCGGAAUACUCCAACGGUUAUUACGGUUCACAAUACUCAAGAGGUCGUUCAUUGUCACAAUAUCCGGAAUAUUCAGGUUCACAAUAUUCUAAUUACGGUGGCCAAUAUAACAAUGCAUAUGGAUCACAAUAUUCUCCAAGGUCGCAGUACGGCACUGGUCGAUCAUUGUCGCAAUAUCCAUCACAAUAUUCUGGUUCUCAAUAUUCCAGAAACAGUGGACAAUACUCUGAGUAUCCUUCACAGUAUUCAAAUGGAUAUGGAUCGCAAUAUUCACGAGGUCGAUCCUAUUCACCAUAUUCAGGAUAUUCCAAUUCAUCACAAUACAACAAUGAAUAUCCUUAUAAUCAAUAUUCAAAAGGCUUUGGCUCGGAAUACUCCAAUUCACAAUAUUCUAAUGGAAUUGGAUCACAAUACGGUCGAGGUCGUUCGUUGUCGUCGAACUCUGAAUAUCCAAACUCACAAUAUCAAAAUUCAUAUUACGGAAACAAUGGCAAAUAUAACAACGGAUAUGGAUCACAGUAUUCCGCAAGUAGUCGUUCAUCAUCACAAUAUCCUGGUUCGACAUAUUCCAGAACAAGCAGGCAAUACUCGGAAUAUCCGUCACAAUAUGGUAGUAGUUAUGGGCAAUAUUCAGAGUAUCCCAAUUCACAAUAUUCAAGCGCUUACGGCUCGCAAUAUUCUCCAAGAUCACAAUACGCAACAAGUCGAUCAUUGUCGCAAUAUCCCUCACAAUAUUCAAGUUCACAAUAUUCAAGGAAUAAUGGGCAAUAUUCGGAAUAUCCAAGUUCACAAUAUUCAAGCGCUUACGGCUCGCAAUAUUCUCCAAGAGGUCGAUCUUUGUCACAAUAUCCGGAAUAUUCAGGUUCGCAAUAUUCUAAUCACGGUGGCCAAUAUAACAAUGCUUAUGGAUCACAAUAUUCUCCAAGGUCGCAGUACGGGACUGCUCGAUCUUUAUCGCAAUAUCCAUCACAGUAUUCAAGUUCACAAUAUUCAAGGAAUAACGGGCAAUACUCGGAGUAUCCCAAUUCGCAAUAUUCAAGCGCUUACGGGUCGCAAUAUUCUCCAAGAUCACAAUACGCAACAAGUCGAUCAUUGUCGCAAUAUCCCUCACAGUAUUCAAGUUCACAAUAUUCAAGGAAUAAUGGGCAAUACUCGGAAUAUCCAAGUUCACAAUAUUCAAGCGCUUACGGCUCGCAAUAUUCUCCAAGAGGUCGAUCUUUGUCACAAUAUCCGGAAUAUUCAGGUUCACAAUAUUCUAAUUACGGUGGCCAAUAUAACAAUGCAUAUGGAUCACAAUAUUCUCCAAGAUCACAGUACGGGACUGGUCGAUCUUUGUCGCAAUAUCCCUCACAGUAUUCAAGUUCACAAUAUUCAAGGAAUAACGGGCAAUACUCGGAGUAUCCCAAUUCGCAAUAUUCAAGCGCUUACGGGUCGCAAUAUUCUCCAAGAUCACAAUACGCAACAAGUCGAUCAUUGUCGCAGUAUCCGUCACAAUAUUCGAAUGGUUAUGGAUCGCAAUAUUCAAAUGGUUAUGGAUCACAAUAUUCGAAUGGUUAUGGUCGAUCACAAUAUGGUCGGUCUUCAUCACAAUAUUCAGGAAAUCCCUUCUCUCAAUAUUCACAAAAUAACGGACAAUAUUCUAGCAAUUUAGGUUCACAAUAUUCAGGAAAUAGUGGAUCGCAAUAUUCUAGAGGUCGUUCAUUAUCGCCGUACUCAAGUAAUCCUUAUUCACAAUAUGGUGGUUCGACAACCUCGCAAUAUUCGAGCAGCCCUUAUUCAUCUUCUCGAUAUGGAAAUGGUCGUUCAAUCAAUCAAUACAAUUCUGGUUCGUCGGGAGCUGAAAUCCCCGUCAUAUCACACACUUCUACACAAGAUCCUGAUGGAUCAUUUGCGUAUGCAUUCGAAACUGGAAAUGGAAUAAGAGAACAAGCAACAGGGCAAUUGAAAAGUAUCAGAACACCUGUUGUGGAUCCCCAAACUGGACAAAUUUCAGGAGAAAGAGAUGACAGUGGUCUCGUGAUGCGGGGAAGUUAUUCUUACACUGCUCCAGACGGGCAGUUGAUAGAAGUCAAUUACAUUGCUGAUGAAAAUGGUUUCCAACCGCAAGGUUCGCAUAUCCCAAAAUAGCGUAAAUAAUUAUUUUCUUGAUAUUUUUAUCGAAAAUUUAUUGUACGACAUUGAAUUGAAAUUUCAAAUAAAGUUGUCUAACAUUUUUUAUACAUC